AAAAAAAAAGAAACAAAAAACAAAAAUACCAGAGAACCGAACCCUUCAGAAUUUGGUCGGAGAGAGAAACAGUGUGGCUGGGUGGGUGGUUGCCUCCUCCUCCUUUCCCUUCCUUCUUCAAUCACCUUCUUCUCUCUCUGGACUUUCGUUUUCUUUCCAAUUUCCCUGUUUCUCCGCCCGAGCUUCCUUCCUUCGAUUUCUCCCUUCAAGACUCCCUUCCUCCUCCUUUUGAUCUGGUUUUGGUGGUCGACUUCGCUCCGAUCCAUUUCUUGGAUCAGAUUUCCAUGGCCUCCGCCAAGACCACCCGGUCCAGAGCCACGCCUGUGAAGGAGAACGGCGCUAAGUUUGAGGAUGGCAUCAGUUUCUUCAAGUCCGACCAAUUCGACGCCGAUUCCUACGUUCAAACCAGAUGCUCUCUUAACGACAAGGAAAUCAAGCAAUUAUGCACUUAUCUUUGGGAGUUGAAGAAAGCUUCUGCUGAGGAAAUGCGUAAAAGUGUCUAUGCAAAUUAUGCUGCCUUUAUCCGCACAUCAAAGGAGAUAUCAGAUUUAGAGGUGGAGCUCUCAUCCAUUAGAACCCUUAUGUCUACUCAGACUGCUUUAAUUCAUGGUUUAGCUGAAGGGGUUCAUGUUGAUUCGGUACCUUCCUCUGUUUCUGGAGGCACAGCUCCAAAUGGCAUUUUAGGUUCAGGGGAUGACAAUCCUUCAGAUAUUGAGAAAUGGUUAGUGGAGUACCCUGAUACUUUGGAUGUGCUCUUGGCUGAACGAAGAGUCGAUGAAGCUUUGGCAGCCCUUGACGAGGGAGAGAGGAUAGCUUCUUCGGCGAAAGAAAAUAAAACCUUGAGCCGAGCUGUAAUUAUGUCUCUGCAAUCAUCGAUUGCUGAACGGAGGCAAAGGUUAGCAGAUCAGCUUACUGAGGCUGCUUGUCAGCCUUCUACCUGUGGUGUUGAACUCCGUGCGGCUGUAUCAGCGCUCAACAAAUUAGGAGAUGGACCGCGAGCUCACGCUUUGUUACUAAAAGCUCAUUAUCAAAGGUAUCAGUACAAUAUGCAAAGCUUUAGGCCAUCCAGCACUUCAUAUGGUGGAGCCUAUACCGCUGCGCUUUCCCAGUUGGUUUUCUCAGCCAUUGCUCAAGCUUCGAGUGAUUCCUUGUCUAUUUUCGGUAAAGAACCUGCUUAUUCGUCUGAGCUGGUGAUGUGGGCGACGAAACAAACGGAGGCUUUUGCCCUUCUUGUGAAACGACAUGCUUUAGCUUCAUCUGCUGCUGCUGGAGGUCUCAGAGCUGCGGCAGAGUGUGUUCAAAUUGCUUUAGGUCAUUGUUCGUUAUUGGAAGGUCGUGGUUUGGCGCUUUGCCCUGUGCUUUUAAGACUUUUCAGGCCUAGUGUUGAACAAGCACUAGAAGCCAAUUUAAAACGAAUUGAAGAAAGCACGGCUGCCUUGGCUGCUGCUGAUGAUUGGGUACUAACAUAUGCUCCAACGACACGCCAAUCUGGCCGAACUUCGAGCACUGCUCUUGGUAAUUCAGCAUUCCAACAUAAAUUGACGAGUAGCGCUCACCGGUUCAAUUUUAUGGUCCAGGAUUUUUUCGAGGACGUGGGACCUUUACUUAGUAUGCAGUUGGGGAGUCAAACUCUGGAGGGAUUAUUCCAAGUAUUUGACUCAUAUAUCAAUAUGUUAAUCAAAGCCUUGCCUGGUAUGGAAGACGAAGCAAAUUUUGAUGGUUUUGGAAGUAAGAUGGUGCGGUUGGCUGAAACCGAAGCUCAGCAAAUUGCGCUCUUGGCAAAUGCGUCAUUGUUAGCAGAUGAACUACUGCCUCGUGCGGCCAUGAAACUGGCUCCGGCAACUCAGACUGCUUAUAAGGACGAUCCUCGUCGAAGACUUUCAGACAAGCAAAAUCAUCAUCCAGAACAAAGGGAGUGGAGGAGGCGGCUGGUUAGCUCUGUGGAUAGAUUGAAAGAUACUUUUUGUCGACAGCAUGCUCUUGAUCUAAUUUUUACCGAGGACGGGGACAGCCAUCUGACCGCUGAGAUGUACCUAAACAUGGGUGGAAAUAUGGAUGAAGUUGAAUGGUUCCCAUCUCUGAUAUUCCAGGGACUGUUUGUAAAGCUUAGCAGAAUGGCAAGUAUGGCAGCUGAUACGUUCGUUGGCAGGGAAAGAUUUGGUACAUUACUAUUGAUGAGGCUCACAGAAACCGUCGUGUUGUGGCUUUCAGGGGACCAAAGUUUUUGGGAUGAUAUUGAGGAAGGGCCAAGACCACUAGGACCUCUUGGUCUUCAACAGUUCUACUUGGAUAUGAAAUUUGUGAUUUGCUUUGCUGCCCAAGGCCGAUACUUAUCUCGGAACCUGCAUCGAGUUGUGAAUGAGAUCAUAUCAAGAGCAAUGGCUGCAUUUGCUGCAACAGGAAUGGAUCCAGAUAGUGUACUACCGGAAGAUGUUUGGUUCGAUGAUGUUUGUCAAUUGGCAGUAGAGAGAUUAAGUGGGACGCCAAAGGCUAUAAAUGGGGACAGAGAUGUUAACAGCCCAACAGCCUCAAUUUCUUCAAUUUGACUCAGUAAUUUCUUUCUUGUAAAUUAAACAACCAAGUUCGUUGAGUGAAUUUUCUGGUCGGUACUGAGUUCCUACCACCCUUACAUCUGUCAAUUUCAUCCAUUCUUUAAGUUUGAUUCUCUUUCCUGUUUAGGUUUUAGAGGCUUCCCUACGUUCAUGUUCGUGUUAGAUAUAUUUGCACAGCCACGGAUUGUAAAUGAUUAUCAAACAAACUAUUCUGAUACUAUAUUUGUCCAUUCUUUAACACAAGUCAAUUUUGUUCA